CGGACUUUUAUUCAUACGUCAGCAGAGAUUACAUUUAAAAAAAAAAAAUAACACCCGACAGUUUGAAUGGAAAGAAAAAAAGACAAAUUGAAUGGAAAUUGACUUCCAGUCAGCUGAGGUUUGCGGCGACGGCGGCGCCGGAGAAGACUGCGAGGCGGCGUUAGCGGAUGGAGACGGACGAGCGAGCAAGAGAUCGCUAGACCGAGUCAGAGGGCCGUGGUCGCCGGACGAGGACGUGAUGCUGAGUCAACUCGUGAGCAGCUUCGGCGCCCGGAAUUGGAGCCUCAUUGCGCGAGGAAUUCCCGGCCGAUCCGGAAAAUCGUGCCGCCUACGGUGGUGUAAUCAGCUCGAUCACGCCGUUAAACGCAAGCCCACGGAUGAAGAAGACCGUAUCAUACUUCAAGCUCACGCCAUCCAUGGAAUGAACCUUCAAAGAUCCAAAUCAGAAAUCAGUAACGAGGAAAGUGUCGAGAAGUCAAAGGCAUCUUCCGAAGAAACUCUGUCGUGUGGAGAUGAAAAUGCAAACUCUUUCAAGUCCAGUGAAGGAAAUGAUGUCACCUCUUUAGAACAAGUAAUAAAUGGUGAUAAAAAUCAUCAAGAAAAGCCUAUAGUGCCUCCUACUCUGAUACGUCCCGUUGCUCAGGUCAGUGCCUUUACCGUUUAUAAUCAAUUUGAGGUGGGUCCCGUUCAAACCCCCUUUGUCCAAACCUCAAAACCGAAACUGGGAAUCUUUAAAUUAAUCAAAGAAGGCUACAAUGAGUUAUUAAUCCCUUACAAAUGUGGUCAUGGCAGCUGGGAAGCUUUUUCGGAGGUCAAAUCGUUGCUCGGGCCUGAUUUUGUUGACUAUACAGUCUCGAUUUUGCAUGAGCCAUGA